AUGUUGUUCUCAGUCCGUCUUCUUGCUCCUGCGCUUACCGCAUCUCUUCUAUCAGACCUCACCGUGGCCGAUGAUGCACAAUCAAGAGCGGAAACCGCUUUGAAUGCUCUUCAAGAAUGGUAUAACUCGACGAGUGGAAUCUGGGAUACUGCCGGCUGGUGGAAUGGUGCCAAUUGCAUGACUGUAAUUGCAGAUCUGGCCGCUCUAGAUUCAUCCGUGAUGGAAACCGCUGAAUAUGUCUUCAAUAACACAUUUAAUGUCGCUCCGGCAGUAUCGAACCCGAAUCCCGGCCCGGAGAUAAAAACUACUCCUAGCUCUAAGCGGGACUUCCUUGGGUCUCGGGCCAAUAAUGCUGUCAAUUCAUCUGUAUGGCUCGAUUCCGCCUAUGACGACGACGCAUGGUGGGCCCUUGCAUGGAUUGCUGCAUACGAUGUCACCGAAGAGAACACAUAUCUGGAAUUGGCUGAGGGAAUAUUUGAAAGCCUUACCAAGGCUUGGGGUACUCGUUGUGGUGGUGGGGGCCUCCCAUGGAACCCAACAAGUUCAUAUGUGAAUGCGAUUACAAACGAGCUGUUCCUGUCAACAGCAGCCCAUUUGGCCAAUCGCGUGCCCUCUCAAAAAGAUUAUUAUGUCGACUGGGCACAAAAGGAGUGGAACUGGUUUUUAAGCCAAGGCUUUAUUGGCUCGAACAACACGAUCAACGAUGGGUUAUUGGAUGAUUGCCAAAAUAAUGGAGCUACUGUCUGGUCCUACAACCAGGGUGUUGUUCUUGGUGGACUUGUAGAACUUAACAAGGCCGCACCAAACGACACCUACCUCGAGUCAGCCAACACAAUUGCCAAGGCUGCGAUUGCAACAUUGGCCGACUCAAAUGGAGUACUCCAUGACUUUUGCGAGCCAAACUGUGAGCCGGAUGGUACUCAGUUUAAGGGUAUCUUCAUUCGGAAUCUACAGAUGCUGCAACAGGUAUCGCCGAGUGACACAUACACCCGAGUAAUCAGCAACUCUGCCAACAGUAUUUGGGAAAACGACAGGAACUCGCAAAAUGGGUUUGGUGUCGUGUGGUCCGGGCCAGUGGAGAAUACUGUGGAUGCCUCUACACACAGCUCAGCAAUUGAUGCGCUGGUUGCCGCCAUGUCUAUCUAA